GCGAGGAUGGCUUAUUUCAGUGGUCGAGAGGAGUUUAGAUGUCCCACAUUUCUGUGACGUUGGACUGAUAUAGGUCAGGAGUUGCUAUUGGUAGCCAUGGCUCGUAUAUAUGGCUGAGACAUCUUUCAAGAUGAUAUGGUUGAGUGUUUAGUGCCGGUGUUAGAACAAGGUCGACGUUGAGCUGUGUUCGAUUUUAUUUUUUGAUUUUCUGGUCUCUCAGGUGUGUUUUCUCAAGAUCAUAUAAUAAAUUAUGCGGCCUCUAAUACUGUGCACGGUACUUUUCCUUGGUUCGCUACUGGCAGUUGUCUCUGGAGAUGGCGAUGGCUGGGACUACAGACCCAUCAAAGUUAUCAUAAAAGAACAUCCAAAACUAAUCACAGUUCCCUAUCACGUGCCAUGGCCAAAGCACGUUCCCGUACCUAAACACGUACCUGUUCUGAAACCUCUUCCCAUAGCUAAACCAGUUCCCGUGCCUAAAAUCAUUCCAGUGGUCAAACACAUACACAAAGUGGUUCACGUACCUAAAGUGAUUCACAUUCACAAAUCAGUGCCAGUACCCAAACCUUACCCGAUUCCCAAAGUGGUGAAGGUGCCCAAGCCAUACGUGGUCCAUGUUCCAAAGCACUACCCCGUACCGAAACCAUACCACGUCCCAAUUUACGUGAAGAUUCCCAAGCCUUACAUUGUGCCAGUUCACAAGUCGGUGCCAAUUCCAGUACCCAAGCAUGUGCCAGUGAAGGUUGAAGUAAUCAGGGUGAAACCUUUAGUCAUCAAAAAACCCGUGCCUAUUCUGUAUAAGGAAAAGGGCUAUGGCCAUGGUUGGUAAAUGAAAAGCCCUGCUUAAAGUUGUAUUGUAACCUCAUAUACCUGUGAAUAGAAGAUACCUGUGAAUCGAAGAUCACUGUUCCUCUACAUUUUGUGGAGCUUGAUGCCAAAACGGCGUACUAAAAGAAAUUUCGUGGUCUCCCAACUACGAAUGUGCUUAAAAAUAAACUGUAAUUCCGUGCUGUGUACGGAAAACUGUGCUUGCCUGGGGAAAGCACUGAAUCUUUUCUGUGAAGAGACAUGUGAAUGAAUUCAAACAAGUUUCGACAUUGUUACAAAAGGGGGAUUAUAGUUAUACACAAAUUGGAAUUUUUAGUUAUUGUAACUGUACCUUAUAUAUUCAUGAUAAUUAAGAAUUUAAAAAAAAAUAUUUGAUUUCAUAUUAAGUACUUAAAUUUAAAAAACGCACAAUUUUGAAGUUUUUAUUUUUACUGUA